AUGAUCAUUUUCAGGAGCAAGACUGCCUCCAAGACAUUCUUUGAAAGCACAGCGCCACAGCACGCUACUAAUAUUGUUGUAGGAUCUCUGGAGCCUUUGGAUACGUCGGUAACAUUGACGUCCGGCACGUUAAGUCGGAGGUCUCGAAGCAGAGGCACCGUUCGAAGCUUCUUAAGGAGGAGUGGCUCAAAGCUGUUGUCAAUGCUGAAAUUUCGUAGCUCUGGAGGCUGUAUAGAUGAUAGACCGUUGCCUAUAUUAUCAGCCGAAGGUGUCGACCAGGAGAGUGCCGUCAGUAACCAGGAUAGCCCAUCUUGCGUAUUGUGCGAAGAACUUCCCACUCCGGAUACCUUCCCGUCAGUGCCAGAGAAAUGCUCGAUAUCACUGAAAUUACUCCAGACCCCAGUAUAUUCGUCUCGUAAUAGCAACGCCCAUACCAACAAAAACCGUUCGGACUGCAACAGAAUCAACCUGGAGGAUGCGAAGGAUAAUCUAGAGAAAUAUGUUACUCGACGACAUUCCAGCCCCGGCUUAGCUUGUUUACUUCGACAUAAGCCUACCACGAUAUUUGGGCCUCCAACUGUCAUUCAUCGUGCUAAAAUGAGCCAAAGACCGAGCAUAUGCGGGUUUUCGUUCACAUCUCCAUCUGCGGUCGCGCCUAAUUUACAGAAUUUGGGGGACAACGCUCAAGACGACUCAGACUCGUCGUCCCUAACUCGAACUGCAACCAAUUCAUCGCCGCGCUCACAGUCAACCAAUCCAACGUCUGACGGCGGCCCUUUAACGCCACCACCAAAGUCUGAUAAAAACAAUGGAGCUAGCUCUUCAGAUUCCAAUGUAUCUAAGGACGAAGCAUCACAACCUGAUGAAGUGGUGCCUUCCAUUGUUACUGUGGAGGCGGCGGCGGCUGCCAAGGUUUAUUUUGAAACGUAUUUCAAUGAGCUGUUAUCUGGGGAGUCACCGCGCUCUCAGCGCCAGCACGAGCUUGAAGAAAAACUGUAUAUGUUGCAGCUUAAUUCAGAGCAGUAUAUGAGAGCGAAGCGAGCUUGGUACCGGCAGGAAAAUGAUCAUCUCCGACAAGAUCGGGCCUUGAAAAGCUGGUCGAACUCUCCGAGGCUACGGGAGAGCAUGUCUAUAGCUGGUUACGAGGUCAUCAAAGUCCUUGGAAAGGGGAGUUUUGGAGUUGUCCGCCUUGUGAGGGAAACUUUGGCACCGCAAGAGACCCCCCAAGGCUCAGACUGUUUCGGAGAGCAAAGCCAUGGAACGUUAGAGACGUUGAAGUCUGCUAUUGAUGGGGCAAGGUAUUCUCGUCGUAAGCCUUUAUGCCAUACGAGCAAAGAGGUGUACGCCAUGAAGGUUAUUCGAAAAUCAGAUAUGAUACGGAAUUGCCAGGAGGGUCACUUAAGGGCAGAGCGCGAUUUCCUUGUUGCAUCUGCCAAAUCUCGAUGGAUUGUGCCCCUUGUAGCCAGUUUCCAGGAUGUUCACAACCUCUACCUGGUCAUGGAUUAUAUGAUUGGCGGAGACUUUCUCAGCUUGCUGAUCAGGAAGAACAUUCUAAGCGAAGAUGUCACAAGAUGGUAUGUGGCCGAGAUGAUUUUAUGUGUGGAAGAAACGCACCGCUUGCGAUGGAUACACAGGGAUGUCAAACCAGAUAAUUUCCUCAUUUCUGCAUCUGGGCACCUUAAGAUAUCUGAUUUUGGUCUUGCUUUUGAUGGGCAUUGGUCUCACGACCAAACAUAUUAUAUGAACCAAAGGCAGUCCUUGAUGUCAAAAUUGGGGAUACUUGUUCAAGGCGACCACAAAGACCGCAAGGCUGCCGAAAAGGCAGCCCAAAAAGCCACCGCUGCUGCGUCGAGUUCGGAGUACGAGAAGGGGGAACUUGAAAAGGACCUAAGGCAGGGUCCUUUCAUUCCUAGUCCUGGCCCGAAUGACGAUAUUAUCCGCUGGCGGAACAGAAAAGAAAGACGGAAACUCGCUAGAAGUGUUGUAGGCACCAGCCAGUAUAUGGCACCUGAAGUUAUUCGAGCAGAACCUUAUGAUGGGAGGUGUGACUGGUGGAGCGUGGGUGUCAUUUUAUAUGAGUGCUUAUACGGGUUUACUCCAUUUUCUGGAAAAUCAAGGGAUGAUACAAAGAAAAAAAUACUUAAUCACUAUCAAUCGCUGUAUUUCCCUACCGAUCGAUCUUCGGACAGGCUUGUUUCCGAUGACGCUGUUGACUUGAUCAUUCGAAUGCUACAAGAAAAGGAAUAUCGCAUUUGCUCUGAAAAAUACAUGUUGAAUGAUUUCGUCCACUCUGGCAGAAUUCCAGGAGAGCUAAUCGACUACCCAGCAGAUCGGACUCACAAGAAUUAUCGUGGUUACUACGUAUACCCUGACGAUGCGAGCGACAUUAAAAACCAUCCAUUCUUUCGGAACACAAGAUGGGACGAAAUACUCUAUCGCGCCCCUCCCUUUAUACCCAAGGUCAAAGGCUGGGAAGACACAAGGUACUUUGACUGCGAGCACAUUAGCGAUGUACAAGAGAAGUCUAGUGAAGAAGCUCCUCGUGCCGACGAAAUCAGAUCGCAGGAAAAGAAGGCGUCAAAACAUGACAAAUCACAGCUCGAUGGCCCUAGCGGAGAAUGUAACUCCAGAGAUAGGUCCAAAAAUGUUACGCAUGGCGUAACUACAAGUGUUCAAAAUAAACCGCAGAAAAAAAGGCGAGGCUGGAAACGGGCAAGAGACAAGAUAUUGCGAGACGAGCAAACAGGAAAAAUAGCCUUAGAUAUGAGAAAGAGAAAUGCCUUUUUAGGAUAUAGCUAUCGACGUCCUAAGGAUGUUUUGCUCGCUGUUGAACUAGACCCGCAUCGGCCUCUUACUCGCGCUAGGUAG